CCGAGCCGCGAGUCGCCAAUCUGAAGCUCCUUACAAUUUCCUUUUCUCCUCUACCUCUCUAUGUCCUUUCUCACAAAGUUCUUCCGCCCAUUCACAAGCAUGUCUUCCGCACCCGCACAACCGAUGAAUGUGCCUGAGGGCGCAAAGGCAGUGACGGUCGCUGCUGGAUGUUUCUGGGGCGUUGAGCACAUGUACAGACGCGAGUUUGGCAAGAAGGGGUUGUAUGAUGCGCGCGUUGGGUAUAUUGGCGGCGAUACACAGAACCCUGGAUAUCGCGCUGUGUGUAGCGGGCGAACAGGUCACGCUGAAGCGCUGCAAGUCGUCUACGACCCAACGAAAAUCGAAUACUCCUCGCUCCUUGAAUUCUUCUACAAGAUGCACGACCCAACCACCGAAAACCGCCAGGGCCCGGACGUCGGCACACAGUACCGCAGCGCUAUCUUCUUCCAUGACGAUGAGCAGGAGAAGGUCGCUAAGGACAUCACCAGGAAGGUUAACGAGCAGUGGUGGAAGGGUGGCGUCACAACGGAGGUCCUGCCCGCGGGGCAGUGGUGGGAUGCUGAGGCGUACCACCAGAAGUAUCUUGAUGUGAACCCGGGCGGUUAUGAGUGUCCGAGUCACUUUUUGAGGAGCUUUCCUCCGCUGUCGUGAGCGGUUAGGUGGAUGGGUAUGGUGGCGAAGAGAUUGAACGAAGGGAGAAUAGACAUUAAGUGUGCAUUUUGCGCAUGAACAUGUUAUGGAGGCGAGGGCUUGAGAGACCGAUAUUAGACAUUAUUGCUAGCGAGCAUGAACAUGUUAUUUCACCUGAUGUUGGCGUC